AUGACAUCAUCAGGCCCUGCUCCAUCCUCUCUCCCCCUCCACCAUCAUCAUCAUCAUCAUUACCUUCAUGUCUUCUUCUGCACUGUCUGCCAAUCCCAACUGUGGCCCCGCCUCCUACUCUCUCUCUGGCUCUGGACUGGUGGACAGGUGGUCCAGGUGAGCGCCUCUCACCAGCACUUCCACCCCCACUCCAUAAAGAUACCUGGUGACAUCACUCUGGGCGGGCUGUUCCCCAUACAUGCCCGUGGACCCCACGGAGUGAACUGCGGAGAGCUGAAAAAGGAAAAGGGGAUCCACCGCAUGGAGGCAAUGUUGUACGCUCUGGACCAGAUCAAUAGCGACCCCGAGCUGUUGCCAAACAUCACACUUGGGGCCCGGAUCCUGGACACCUGUUCCAGAGACACCUACGCUCUGGAACAGUCACUCACCUUUGUUCAGGCGCUCAUCCAGAAAGACACAUCUGACAUCCGCUGUUCCAAUGGAGAGCCGCCCAUCAUCCGCAAACCAGAGAGGGUGGUGGGAGUGAUCGGAGCAUCAGCCAGCUCAGUGUCAAUCAUGGUGGCCAACAUCCUGCGACUUUUUGAGAUCCCUCAGGUAAGCUACGCGUCCACAGCUCCGGAGCUCAGUGAUAACAACCGGUACGACUACUUCUCCAGGGUGGUUCCUCCGGACUCGUACCAGGCUCAGGCCAUGUUGGACAUCGUCAAAGCCCUGGGCUGGAACUACGUCUCCACACUGGCCUCAGAGGGCAACUAUGGAGAGAGCGGAGUCGACGCCUUCAUGCAGAUCUCCAGAGAGGCCGGUGGGGUGUGUAUUGCUCAGUCGGUGAAGAUUCCUCGCGAGCCAACAGCUGGAGAGUUUGACAAGAUCAUCAAACGUCUGAUGGAGACGAGUAACGCCAGAGGAGUGAUCAUCUUUGCCAACGAGGACGACAUCAAGCGUGUCCUUGAGGCAGCAAAACGUGCUAACCUGACAGGCCACUUCCUGUUUGUUGGGUCAGACAGCUGGGGCGCCAAGAGUUCACCAGUCACAGAGCUGGAGGAUGUUGCUGAGGGCGCAGUCACCAUCCUGCCAAAACGGGCUUCGAUUGAUGGGUUUGAUCAGUACUUCGUGUCUCGCUCUCUGGAGAACAACCGCAGGAACAUCUGGUUUGCUGAGUUCUGGGAGGACGAUUUCAGGUGUAAACUGACCCGGCCUGGAAUCAAACUGGACCCGGACAAAAAGAAGUGCACAGGUGACGAGAGGAUUGGCCGGGACUCGCUUUACGAGCAGGAGGGAAAGGUUCAGUUUGUGAUCGAUGCGGUCUACGCCAUGGCUCAUGCUCUACACAACAUGCACCAGGAUUUGUGUGCCGGCAGCUCCGGAGUCUGCAACAACAUGGACCCCGUGGAGGGACAAGUGCUGCUCAACUACAUCAGAGCUGUCAACUUUAACGGAAGUGCAGGUACAAGUGUUUUGUUCAAUGAGAACGGAGACGCUCCCGGACGCUACGACAUCUUCCAAUUUCAGAUGACCAAUCACAGCCAUCCUGGUUACCAUGUCAUCGGCCAGUGGACCAAUAAUUUGAGACUCAACCUGGAGGAGAUGCAGUGGUCCGGAGGGGACAGAUCGGUUCCAGAGUCCAUCUGCAGUUUUCCUUGUAAACCGGGAGAGAGGAAGAAGAUGGUGAAGGGGGUUCCCUGCUGCUGGCACUGUGAGCUGUGUGAUGGGUAUCAGUACCAGCUGGAUGAGUUUGCCUGUGAGACCUGUCCGUCAGACAUGCGCCCCGUCCCCAACAGAACCGCCUGCCGUCCCACUCCGAUCAUCAAACUGGAGUGGAACUCUCCGUGGGCCCUCGUGCCUGCCUCUCUCGCCAUGCUCGGUAUCCUAGCAACCAGCGGUGUGGUUGUCACCUUCAUCCGCUUCAACGACACGCCCAUCGUCAGGGCAUCAGGGAGGGAGCUCAGCUAUGUACUGCUGACAGGUAUCUUCCUGAUCUACCUGAUCACCUUCCUAAUGAUUGCAGAGCCAGGUGUGGUAGUUUGUGCAUUCCGGCGCCUCCUGCUGGGCCUCGGCAUGGCCAUCGCCUACUCUGCCAUGCUCACCAAAACCAACCGCAUCUACCGCAUCUUUGAACAGGGCAAGAGGUCCGUGACCCCGCCCAAAUUCAUCAGCCCCACCUCCCAGCUCAUCAUCACCUUCAUCCUCAUCUCUGUCCAGGUCAUCGGUGUGUUCGUGUGGUUCGCCGUCGUCCCGCCUCACACCAUUAUUGACUAUGAUGAGCUCCGCCCUCCGAACCCUGACUUGGCGCGGGGUAUCCUGAAGUGUGAUAUGUCAGACCUGUCAAUCAUCUGCUGCCUCAGCUACAGCAUCAUUCUCAUGGUAACGUGUACGGUGUACGCUGUGAAGAGUCGUGGUGUCCCGGAGACGUUCAAUGAAGCAAAACCAAUAGGCUUCACCAUGUACACGACCUGCAUCGUCUGGCUCGCAUUCGUACCUAUCUUCUUUGGUACGGCACAGUCCACGGAGAAGAUGUUCAUCCAGACGGCCACUCUGACCGUGUCCAUGUCUCUCAGUGCGUCCGUCUCUCUCGGGAUGCUCUACAUGCCCAAAGUUUACGUCAUUAUUUUCCAUCCUGAGCAGAAUGUUCAGAAGAGGAAGAGAAGCUUCAAGGCCGUCGCCCAGGCCGCCAGAUUGUCUCAAAAAUCUUUAAGUGACAAACAGAACGGAGAGACAAAGAUCGAGCCUGACAGAACGCAAUAAUGCUGCAGUAAUACUACAAACUAAAGGUAGCUGUGGACCAAUCCUAGUGCAGAGCCUGAUGACAUCAUCGUGAAGAUCACAUGGUCUCUUUCUCUCUGACACACACACACAAACACACACACACACACACACACACACACACACUCAGAACAACAACAAACUCAAGUGUGCAGUGGCACGUCAAACUAAAACUAUCUGCUGGGCUCAUUGUGAACAUCAGGAGUUCCUGUGGGUUCAAACAGGAAGUCCUCAUCACUCGUUUGUGAAACUUGGAUUUGAGCAGGAAAUGUUAAGCUGGAGUGUGCUCAUUGGCUGAAAUGAUUGGCUGCAACAUCAAAUUUGUCAUUAUCUCAGUGACGCUCUGUUUUUACUAAAGAGAUCUCAGUGAGGACAAACGAGUCAUGGUGGAUUCUCUACCAUCUCAGAGAACGUUUGUUUCCACAGACAAACAUCAGUUUGAUUGAAACACCUGAACGCUUUGAUUAAAGCCACACAGUGACUUUAAACCUUUAUAACCUCUCUGCAGCUCUCAGAUAAGAAGGCAAACCUGAGGACUUCCUGUCUGGACAAAACCUAUGACUUCACAGUAAAACCAGAAGAUGACUGAUUUUUAUCCGAUAAAAGAGCAAACCCAUUUAUGUAACCUGAAUGGGUUAAACUGGUCUACACAUCCUGUGGACAGUCGGGCUCAUCCCAAGGUUCACCAUCACCCCCAACUUCAGAUAAACCAACACCUGGAGCCUCAUUCAUAACCACUGCAUACAUACAAAGUUAGGCCUGAAACAGGACGGCACACACAAAUUUUGUGAUCUAAUAAAAAUAUUAAUAGAGAAUUUGUUCACCUGUAUGAAAACUCUCACUUGUGUGUGUACAAACAUUUUGGGGACUAAGUAAACUGGUGACAGGAAGAUGGGAACCUGGCAAAAUUAAAAUCAGGCCGUGAUUAGAUUGAAAUAUGAGGACUCACUCAACCCGCAUGUUCAAUUUCCCUCUUUCAUCACUCCAACUUAAUCCUAAAGUUUGAAAUAAGCAGUGCUAUUUGCUCUUGUAUUAAACCUUUCAAAUAUAAAUAAGCCAACUGAAACUUCAGAUUAAAUUCCGCUCAGCAUUGUCUCACCAUCACAUUCACCCACCCUGGAGUACCAAAGUUAAUGCUGGCUCUGAUAGAAAGGUGUCAGAAAGUUUGUUGCACAUGGAGCUGCAUGGCUGCAGACCACCCAGGGUGCCCAUGCUGACCACUGUCACCUGCCAAAAGCACCAUUGAUGGGCAUGUGGAAAUCAGAACUGGACCACGGAGCAAUGGAAGAAGGAGAACUUGGCUAAUGAAUCACAUUUAUACAUCACAUGGAUGGCCAGGUGUGUGUGUGUGUGUCAUUUACCUGGGGAGCAUCUGGCACCAGGAUGCACUAUGGGAAGAAAGUAAGCUGGCAGAGGCAGUGUGAUGCUAUGGACAAUGGGUCCUGC